GGUUACUCAUCCUGGGCUCAGGUAAGAGGGCCGCAGCUGGGAGGCGGCACACCCAGGGGGGACGCCAAGGGAGCAGGACGGAGCCAUGGACCCCGCCAGGAAAGCAGGUGCCCAGGCCGUGAUCUGGACCGCAGGCUGGCUGCUGCUGCUGCUGCUCCUUCGCGGAGGAGCGCAGGCCCUGGAGUGCUACAGCUGCGUGCAGAAAGCAGAUGACGGAUGCUCCCCGAACAAGAUGAAGACAGUGAAGUGCGCGCCGGGCGUGGACGUCUGCACCGAGGCCGUGGGGGCGGUGGAGACCAUCCACGGACAAUUCUCGAUGGCAGUGCGGGGUUGCGGUUCGGGACUCCCCGGCAAGAAUGACCGCGGCCUGGAUCUUCACGGGCUUCUGGCGUUCAUCCAGCUGCAGCAAUGCGCUCAGGAUCGCUGCAACGCCAAGCUCAACCUCACCUCGCGGGCGCUCGACCCGGCAGGUAAUGAGAGUGCAUACCCGCCCAACGGCGUGGAGUGCUACAGCUGCGUGGGCCUGAGCCGGGAGGCGUGCCAGGGUACAUCGCCGCCGGUCGUGAGCUGCUACAACGCCAGCGAUCAUGUCUACAAGGGCUGCUUCGACGGCAACGUCACCUUGAUGGCAGCUAAUGUGACUGUGUCCUUGCCUGUCCGGGGCUGUGUCCAGGAUGAAUUCUGCACUCGGGAUGGAGUAACAGGCCCAGGGUUCACACUCAGUGGCUCCUGCUGCCAGGGGUCCCACUGUAACUCUGACCUCCGCAACAAGACCUACUUCUCCCCUCGAAUCCCACCCCUUGUCCGGCUGCCCCCUCCAGAGCCCACGACUGUGGCCUCAACCAUAUCUGUGACCUCAACCACGUCUGUCACCACUUCUACCUCUGCCCCAGUGAGACCCACCUCCACCACCAAACCCAUGCCUGCCCCAACCAGUCAGACUCCGAGACAGGGAGUAGAACACGAGGCCUCCCGGGAUGAGGAGCCCAGGUUGACUGGAGGCGCCGCUGGCCACCAGGACCGCAGCAAUUCGGGGCAGUAUCCUGCAAAAGGGGGGCCCCAGCAGCCCCAUAAUAAAGGCUGUGUGGCUCCCACAGCUGGAUUGGCAGCCCUUCUGUUGGCCGUGGCUGCUGGUGUCCUGCUGUGAGCUUCUCCACCUGGAAAUUUCCCUCUCACCUACUUCUCUGGCACUGGGUACCUCUCUUCCCAUCACUUCCUGUUCCCACCACGGGACUGGGCUGGCCCAGCCCCUGUUUUUCCAACAUUCCCCAGUAUCCCCAGCUUCUGCUGCGCUGGUUUGCGGCUUCGGGAAAUAAAAUACUGUUGUAUAUAUCCUGCCAGGGGUGUUCUAGCUUUUUGAGGACAGCACCUGUAUCCUUCUCAUCCUUGUCUCUCUGUCCUCUUGUGAUGUUAGGACAGAAUGAGAGAAGUCAGCUGUCACAGGGAAGGUGACAGAGAGGAUGCUAAGCUUCCUACUCACUUUCCCCUAGCUAGCCUGGACUUUGGAGCGUGGGGUGGGUGGGACAAUGGCUCCCCACUCUAAGCACUGCCUCCCCUACUCCCCUCAUCUUUGGGGAAUCGGUUCCCCAUAUGUCUGCCUUACUAGACUGUGAGCUCCUCGAGGGCAGGGACCGUGCCUUACGUCUGUGUGUGAUCAGUUUCUGGCACAUAAAUGCCUCAGUAAAGAUUUAAUUACUUUGUAUAGUG